AUGGAAGAACAAGAAGAAGAAGCUCCAACUCUGCGACUCGAGAUCCUGCAAGGCCCUGGCGAGGGCAAAACCCUAGAAUUCAAACCCGGCACCGCCGUCCGAAUCGGCCGCGUCAUCAAAGGAAACAAUCUCCCCAUCAAGGACUCCGGCAUCUCCUCCAAACACCUCACCAUCUCAACCGAAUCCAACAAAUGGACCCUCCGCGAUUUGGAUUCCUCAAACGGCACCGUUUUGGACGGAUCCCAAAUCCCUCCCCACACCCCCUUCACGCUUCAUCACGACUCCGUUAUUAAGAUCGGAGAACUCACCUCCAUCCAUGUCAUCUUCGUUCCUCGCGAACAACAACAACAACAACGCGCGGUUCAGCCGCGGCGAAACCCUACUCGCCGCGGCCGAACCGAACCGGUCCCGGCUCCGACUGAACCGGUUCAGACACGCGGACGCGGUAAACCUAGGGGUUUGAAGGGUAAGGUUCAGAUUCAGGUUCAGAGUGUUGAGGAAAAUGACGCGAGUGUGGUGGACGCGGAAUCUGAGCGCGUGGAUCCACCUGCUAGGGUUACGAGGAAGACCAACAGAGGAAGGAGUGUGGCUAAGGAGGAUUCGAGUGUUGUUGUUGAGAAUUUCGAUGCUCCAGAGGGUAAGACUCAGAUUCAGAUUCAGACUCAGAGCGUUGAGGUGAAGAACGCGAGUGUGGUGGAGGCGGAUGGUGAGCGCGUGGUUCCACCUGCUAGGGUAACGAGGAAGGUGAACAGAGAGCGGAGUGUCGUUAGGGUUUGCAAUGACGACGACGAUGUUCCGGUGGAGAAGGCGGAGGAGCCGAAGAGAACUAGGAAUUUGAGUUUGGUUGAGAUUUCUGAUUCCAGCGUUGGGAAUUCGGAUGCCACGGUGGCAGAGGAGCCGAAGAAGACGCGCGUGACGCGAAAUCCGAAGAACACGCGUGCGGUGAAGGGUAAUGUUGAGAAUAAGACGAAGAGGGGUGUUGCUGGAAAGAGAGAAUUGGAGAAAGAGAGUGAAGAUUUGAAUGGUUUGAAAGAGGUUUGUGAUGGGACAGAAGAGGAGAAUUUGAAUGGAGACGUUGGAAAAUUGCCUGAUUUGAAAGGAAGAAAGAGGGGUGCUACUGAAAAAAGGGAAUUGGAGAAAGAGGAUGAAGAUUUGAAUGGUGUGAAAGAGGCUUGUAUUGGAAGAGAAGAUGCGAAUUUGAAUGGAGAUGAUAGGAAUUGGCCUGAUUUGAAAGGGAGAGAGAGGGAAUUGGAGAAGGAAGGUGAAGAUGGGAAUGGUGUGAAAGAGGCUUGUGAUGGAAGAGAAGAGGGGAACUUGAAGAGAGAUGAUGGGAAUUGUCCUGAUUUGAAAGGGAGAAAGAGGGAAUUGCAGGAGGGUGAAGAUGGGAAUAGUGUGGAAGAGGCUUGUGAUGGGAAUUGGCCUGAUUUGAAUAAGAUGACACUUGGUGACUGGUUUGAUUUCUUGGAGGUUUACUUGCCCAAACAGAUCAUAGAUGAGACUGAAGAGAUGAUCGAUUUGAUGACGCAAAAAGCUGAGAGACUCCGCGAGUACAUUGUAGAGAAGCAACAACAGAAUGGCAAGGCCAAAAUGCCAAUGGAGGAAUAG